UGUCCGGUUGUGGCGCGUGCACAGUAUGUAAUUUGGCGCAGCUGGGUUCCCAACUCCACGAGGACUCCCCCCUCCCCCUUCCCCCGCCCGGCGUCUGAGCGGCUCCUCUCACGCAGGUGAGACAUUUCUAGAGACAACAUGACCGAACCGCCGCCGAACCGAACCGCCACCGGGGAGCCCGCGCUGGCGAACGGCCAGUGCGAGCCGACGCAGCCCCAAGAGGAGCAGCGGGAAGCGGAGGGUCCCGGAGAGGGCUUGAAGAUGGACCAGGAGAUGAAGAUCACGGACAGCAUAGAGGACCGAGGUCUCCUGGAGAGCAGCAUGCGCCUGAAGCCUCAUGAAGCCCAGAGCUUCCGGAAGAAAGCCCUGUGGGUGUCGUGGGCGUCCAUCGUGGCCACCAUCGUCCUGGCUGUCGCUGCCUUCACCGUCUCCAUCAUGCGCCACAGCGCCUCCGCCUUUGGAUUUGCUUUUGACGCCACGCUGGACGUGCUGUCCUCCGUCAUCGUGUUGUGGCGCUACAGCAACGCGGCCGCCGUCCACUCGGCCCACCGCGAGUACAUAGCGUGCGUCGUCCUGGGAGUGGUGUUCAUCCUGUCCUCCCUAUGCAUCCUGGGAAAAGCCAUCCACGACCUGGCCACCAAACUGCUGCCGGAAGUGGAUGACUUCCUGUUCAGCGUGUCCAUCGUGAGCGGCCUGGUGUGCGUCAUCCUGGCAGUGAUCAAGUUCAUGCUGGGGAAAGUCCUCACCAGCCGAGCGCUCGUCACAGACGGAUUUAACUCUCUGGUGGGCGGGAUCAUGGGCUUCUCCAUCCUCAUCAGCGCCGAGGUGUUCAAGCAUGAGCCGAAGGUGUGGUACCUGGACGGAACAAUAGGAGUCCUCAUGGGCCUCAUUAUCCUCGCCUACGGAGUCAAGCUGCUGAAGGACAUGAUCCCCAGAGUCCGGCAGACCAGGAACUACGAGCGCUUCGAGUGACGGAUCGGACCAAAGGAGGAGGAAGGUUUGGGAGGGGCUGACGGGACGGUUCCAGUCUCCAAACCACCCCCCCCCUCAGCGUCUGUGUUUCCAGUUACAUUUACCCGCAUCAGCCUCAGCGGCGCUGCCGUGGAGACGAGGCUGAUGUACGCCGCCGCACAGCAGGUCAUCUUCCCACGACUCCUGAGGCUCAGCUGGGCCGUGCGGCGCAGGCGGAUGGUGGCGGAUGCAGCUGUGAAUUAUUGAUGGCUUUCAUCUUUUUAUAACUUCAGGGAGGAUUUAUCAAUAGGAGUCCAUUUGGCAGGAAGGAGACAUAAAAAUGAGCAAAAAGCUCCAUCUAGUGGCUGGCAGGAGUCACUGCACCACCAUGUUCCUCCAGACCAAAAAGGCUGAAGUUUUUGAUGAACAUUUGUCUGAUCCUGGGUCAAUAUUUACGCUCCGACUCGGUAAUGAGGUGUUCUGGCUCCGCCCACCGGCUCCUGAUUGUUUUAGGAUUACAAAAAUCUUCAGCUGUUGACUUUAAUCGGCUUUAAUCGUUUUUAUUGAACUUUCUCCUUUCUGAUGCAGUGAAUAAAAAUGAGGAAAGUGCGAACGGAAAAGCUGCUCAUGCUGUCAAGCACGGGGGUGGAGCUUUCAUGGUGUGGGCUUGUUCUUCUGCUUUACAUAUUCAUAAAAAUAACUAUAGAGUAGAGUUUUCUUUGUGGCAUUAACGUGUCAUAGUUACCAGUACGAGACUGUAAAUACUUGAAGUUUCAUAACGUUAGCGUAAAAAAAAGCCUUAAAGUUUGUAGUUUUUAUUGGUUUGGGCUUCACGUCGAGUCCAAAAUUUUAGCUAGGUGACGUAAGUGGAAACCAAUCAGAGCAAGACUGAAACUGCUUUAAGGAAGAACGUAACAAGCGUUUAAAGCGACCACUUCCAAUGAAGCAUUUUGGGCUUCUGCGAUCAAAACUCUUGCGUUCACGUGUAGCUAGUUUAGCUAGUUGUGCAAGUUUUUACGUCCGUUUUUGGGCUCUACGCACAAAACUAUUUAAAGUUAAAUCACAAUAAAAAUUUCGCACCAAACCUCUUCCAACUGUGGGUGAAGGACAUGCGCUAGGAAACAUUAGAGAACAAAGAAGCCCCUCCCUGCUUGUCCAGUGUGAACACCAUACGCUAAAAGUGUGUUCAAGAACCCCACAUUUGGUGUGUUCAAGAACCCCACAUUUGGUGUGUUCAAGGACCCACAUUUGGUGCGUUCAAGAACACCACAUUUGGCACAUUCAAAUUCCCAGUGUGUCCGUAGCUUUAGGCUAAAGUAAACACAACAGAAAAGAAUCUGCUUGUCGGAGCAUUAGCUAAUCUAUAAGUCCAUCUUUUUUAUGCAUCAUCUCCUUCAUGUCUGAAUUUAUUUCCAAAUAUGAAUAAAUUCAAUGAAGUGAAGUUCUGGAUUUAACAGGUACGUGACAAAUUAGGGGUUAAAGAUUUGUAAUUCUGCUGCAACUGAAACAGUGGAGGUGAAAUAAAUACAAUCAAACAGGAAGAUCUCUUUCAAAAUAAAAUGAUAAACUCUACUGUAUUGUAAUGGAUUGAAACUCUGGUGAAUAAAUGAUGCUGAUGUGAA